AUAUAUUUUAAAUUUUAGAUGCUGUUGUGGCAGGUUGCCCACAAAAAAGCAUUGAUUACACUCCAACAGCCUGUGCUGAAGAAGAAACAAUCACCGAAGAAUGAAAGCCGGACCCAGUAAGGAGCCUUCUAAAAAAAAGGAAAACGAGGAUUAAUGGAAACUGAUGAAGCACGAGAUUUUUUUUCUGUAUCGACGCGUAUUUUCUCAUGUAGAAUGGGAAAUCGCUGUUUUAGUUGCCCGAAACAUCUCUCUAUUAUAACUCGCUCUCUCGUAAACAGCCGAUUGUAUAAUCUUUGUUCUGCUGUUUCUGCAAUCCUAAAAGGAGUCAUGAGCCAAGGAGCUAUAACAUACCCAGAGUCUCCCAACAAAACAGCACUAGCCCUAUUCCAUUUCAUAUAUCAGAAUUCUUCCAUAUCCGAGAGUCGUGUACAGAUCCUGGCCAAGAAACAUCCACACUUGUGAACUCUUCGUUUGAAUUGUACGUUGCUUGUACAUUUAUACUAGCAAAGUUCUUUCUGUUCACAUAUUCGUCUGCCUGAAUAAAGGGGUUCAUAAUAGGUAUAUG